GCCGCCUUUUGCUCCUCCUCCUCCUCCUCCUCCGAGGCGAGCCUGUGCGGCGAGGGGUCGUGCGCUCCCGUGCGCUCUGCCUGCUGCGCCAUGCGCCCCGGGGCGCGCCGGAGGGGCUGGCCGGGGCUGUUGGCGCUGCUGCUGCUGCUGGAUCCGCUGGGGGCGAGCGGCGGCGGGGGCGAGCUGGCCUUGGCGGAGGAUGAUAACUGUAGAAAUGUGAAGGUGAUGGAUGUUAUGCAUACGUCGGAGCCGAACUGUUAUUGCUACGUUCCAAAUGGAGCUAUACAUUUGAAAAACACUUGGUCAAGUAUCCAGGUGAAAAUCAACAGCACGGGCCCGUUCAAAGUGGCGUUCAUCCCCGAAGAAAGCCGUUGCCAAAGCGCGGAGACGCUGUUUGCCUUUUUAAAGUGUCUCGUCCAAAACAUUUGGCAGUCGGGGACAUCCAAUGGAACUGCCUUCACUGUGGCCCAGUACGGAGAGCGGACCUGCUUCCGGGUCCAACCUGAGAGCAGAGAUCUUUACACCAUGGACAUUCAACAAACCAUGUUGGAUAAGAAACUUUUCCUCUUGUUUGUCACUGGGGGCCUCCUCUUCCAUUUUGCCCACCACCUAAGUAGAAGCGUCACGUUCUAUUAUUCUGCCGGAGUUGCGUUUGGCGUUCUCGUGACGUUGGUCUUCCUCCUGCUGAUGCUGAAAAGGUUUAUUCCUAAGCUCAGCACCUUCUGGAUUUUAAUGAGCGGUGGCUGGUUCUGUUCCCUCUAUUUAUUUUAUACUUUGAAAGAGGAUUUGAAACUACUCUGGCGUGAUCAUACACCCUACAUACUGGGAUACGUCCUGAUAGCCGGAUCCAUCAGCUUUGCCGUUUGCUACCAGCACGGACCACUUGGCAGUGAAAAAAGUAUGAACCUCUUGAUGCGGACGCUGCAGUUUGCAGGCUUAGUUUUAAUUUAUUUGGGCAUUGCUGCCCCUCAGGUUGCGUACGCAGCCAUUGCUGCCAUGCUGUGCUCAAAAAUCUUGCAUUAUCCGCUUGGAAUAAUCUGCAGCAUGGGCAGGAAAGCUCGCCGGCACUUCAGAGGAGAAAAGCCAGAGCUUCGUUAUCUGACCGAAGAUGAAUACCGAGAACAGGGUGAAUCGGAAACCCUCAAAGCUUUGGAGGAGCUGCGGGCCUUCUGCCAGAGCCCCAGUUUCCCCUCGUGGGUAGCCAUGGUCAAGCUGCAGUCUCCUCAGAAAUUUGCAAACUUUGUGCUGGGAUUUCCUCACGUGUCACCUGAAGAAACCAAGGCCCAUGACGAACAGUACAGCAUCGGAGGCCCUUUCUUAGAGGAGCAGCUUUUUACCUCAGAGACCGGGUCAGAACCAGACCCCCAAACUGAUCCCUUCCAGGAGGAAGAGGAGCGGGAACAAAUGCAACCACGAAACAGCUUGCCUGUCCGUAGCAGAGAAUUUCUUUGAGCCAUUCGAUCUAGAGAAGACGGGCGAAACGCGCAGUACAGAGUUGGGGAAUUCUUCUAGUCGGGCUGUGGAUGGCACCCAAGAUCUUGAAAGGACUCAUUCCUACACUGCAGGGCUCAAAGGUUGCUGUGGGAUUUGAGCAGGGCUGGAGCCUGGGGCACAUGGUUGUCCUGCGCCCCUGCCAUGCCCCCGCCCCGGAAUACCCCCCACCACACCCUGACCACGCCCCCGCACCUGUGCGCGCCCCGUGCAUCUCGCGCGCCCACGUCCCCUUGACGCUACGCCACUGGAUUUGAGGGAAACAUCUGUGAUCCCCAAAGGUGCCCUUCAACCAGCUGUUCUACAAAAUGAAGAUUUUUUAAAAACGCUGAACAGGAGACUGGCAGAGAAAAUUUGCCCCCAGUCUCCAAACUUUACCCAGGAUAUUGGGUACCCAGGAUAUUGGGUCUGAUCAGGGUGUGCCAGCAUUGCUCUUGAGCAGAGGAAACUGGCAGAGGUUAAGCACUACAAAGCUAUUUGUGUGAACACUUUUAAUUCUUCCGUGGUAGAUGUGAGGGUAAUUAACCCAGGAAAUAGUGCAGCACACCGGCUGGCUGGUAGUGAAAACGUCAACAAUUAUAGUCAAACAAAUAAUCUACUAUAGUCUCCAAACUCAGAUGUAUCUUAUUGACAUAAGUUCUUAAACUAUUCGUACAAUUUUACAUAGCAAUGUGCUGAGAUGCAUCACAAAUCCUAAACAUAAAGAGGUAUGGUUCAUAAGAAGCUGGAUUCCUUAUUCAGUGCUGUAUAUCUAAACCAGCAGAAAGCAAACCGCAAAAGUCCAUAACAGAGUGCGGUGCCAGCAAUAUCUUGCCCAAUGCAUGCAUCUCGGCACAUUGCUAUGUAAAAUUGUACUAAUAGUUUAAGAACUUAUGUCAAUAAGAUACAUCUGAGUUUUGAGACUAUAGUACAGUGGUGGCGAACCUAUGGCACGGGUGCCAGAGGUGGCACUCAGAGCCCUCUCUGUGG